GUUCAAUUGACCAAGGUACAACAAACUAAAGCAUCACGCAACAUACUAUAUCGUAUAUACAAGUUUACGCUGUAUAUGUAAUUAUAAAACCAUGUUAGCUGACUCAUUAAUGGAAGCUUUUCAACAGUGAGAACGCAAAGAGGAAGAGGCUGCUGAUUCGUCCCUACAGCCAACCAAUCUGCCGAAAACCCAAAAUCUCCAUUGGUAAACAACAAAACCAAGUAAAAGUUAUCUUCUUUCUCCAUUUUCAUCCUCUUAGCCCGUUUGAAAAUUCAAAUCAACACAUCAAAUUUUGCUAUCUGUUGAUGCAUCUAUCAGCCCCAACAAACCUCCGAAACCCAUUAUGGAUCCCCUUCUUCAUCCUCCUCGCGGCCCGAUUUCUCCCUUCCGGGAUGCCCGACCCGAGAAUUUCCGUCGCGGCCUUCAUCUGCGGCCACUCCCAGGCGCCGCCGAACGCCAGCUACGUCCCUCUGUUCACGAGCGCCAUGGAGGGCCUCGGGCAGCGCGUGACGGCUGACGAGUGGGGCGAGUACGUUGCCAAUUCCACCAGCAUCCCCAUCUACACCUUCUUCCAGUGCCACGGCGACCUGACCCGCGACGACUGCCUCCAGUGCUACGCCGCCACCCGGACGACCAUCCCCCGCUGCGUCCCCGCCGUCUCCGGCCGGAUCUUCCUCGACGGGUGCUUCCUCCGCUACGAUCGGUACGAAUUCUACAACCAGAGCGUGGACGCCGCCCUUGACGGCGUUAACUGCAAUACCUCGCUGGGGGCGGCGAGUGGGGUCGAUUUGGAAUUUGAGGGGAACGUUGGGGCGCUGAUUGAUAAUCUGACGGCGAGCGCGGUGGAGAACGAUGGUUACGCGGUGAGGGGCAGCCGGGGAGUGUUUGGGUUGGCCGAGUGUUGGAAUACGGUGAACCGGGAAGGGUGUAGGGAGUGUUUGGCGAAGGCCAAUAGAGAGAUCAGAGGGUGUUUGCCGAGCAGGGAAGGCCGGGCGAUGAACGCCGGCUGCUACUUGAGGUAUUCUACGGUGAGGUUUUUCUUGAAUUCCACCGACGGAGCUGAAAGUGAUUCAGGUGUAUCAGGAGCAGGUCUUAUUUUGGCAAUCACUUUGCCAGUAGUGGCUUUCACCAUGCUCUGUGUUUUUGGUAACUAUGCAAUCUAUUCAAGAUGGAAAAAACGAAAACAAGAGCGUGAAAAUCUCGGCAAGAUUUCAUAUUCAUACAACAAAUCGAACCUGAAUUUCAAAUACGAAACACUGGAAAAGGCAACCAACUAUUUCGAUCUUUCGAGAAAGUUAGGCCAAGGAGGAGCAGGCUCUGUGUAUAAAGGAACUCUACCAAAUGGUAAAACCGUAGCUGUAAAAAGAUUAUUCUUCAGCACGAGACAAUGGGUAGAUGAAUUUUUCAACGAGGUAAAUCUUAUAAGUGGAAUCGAGCACAAGAACCUUGUGAAGCUUCUUGGCUGUAGCAUUGAAGGCCCUGAAAGCCUUCUUGUUUAUGAGUUUGUGCCCAACAGAAGCCUUGAAGAGCACCUUUUUGAUACGAGCAAGAGUAGAAUACUGAGUUGGAAAGAGAGGUAUAAUAUAAUUGUUGGGACAGCCGAGGGAAUUGGUUUUCUUCAUGGAGGUUGUGAGCAUAGAAUAAUCCACAGGGAUAUAAAGAGCAGCAAUAUUCUUCUUGAUGAGAAUUUCGAACCAAAGAUUGCCGAUUUUGGUCUUGCUCGUGGUUUUGCAGCUGAUAAAACUCAUCUCAGCACGGGGAUUGCAGGAACAUUAGGAUAUAUGGCUCCAGAGUACCUAGUAAAAGGACAGCUUACUGAGAAGGCUGAUGUUUAUAGUUAUGGCGUGCUGGUUCUUGAAAUCGUGUGCAGUAGGAAAAACAAUGCUUUCAUGGAGGGCUCCGGAUCCCUUCUGCAAGCAGUUUGGAAUCAUUUCAAAACGGGUAGGUUACCAGAAGCAGUCGAUCCUUCCUUAAAAGGUGAAUUUCCAGCAAUGGAGGCAUCAAAAGCUUUGAAAAUUGGGCUUUUGUGUGCUCAGGCAUCUGUUACAGAGAGGCCAUCAAUGGCAGAAGUUAUCCAAAUGCUCACAAACGAAAACUAUGAAAUACCCGAACCAAAACAACCACCAUUUCUGCAAACUCAUCCCUUCUCGACAAGCUCAACUGGGUCAUCAUCAUACAGCAUAAACAGUUUAAAUUCGAACGUUAUAAGGAAAUACGAAGCAUCAUAUCGGUCGACCGAGUCUUCCAGCAUACAGAGUUCUGAUGUACAAUCCAAAAGUGAAUACUCCAAUUCAAGAGUUAUAAAUUGAUCUUACUAAGCAGGAAGCUUGCUUUUGAUUAUAAAUUGAUCUUCCUAAGCAGGAAGCUUGCUUUUCGAUCAAGAGAUUCAAGUUUGUGUAAAUCUUGUAUCUAAUUUUUUUGUAGAAGUAUUGUAAAGAAAAAAAGAAAAAAGAAAAGAAAUAGUGUAAACUUCGGAACGUUGGUCACAAUCGUUGAUCCAAGUUUUCAUGUUCCUUUUUCUUGUUUCCUUUUGUAUUUAAAAGGGAUUCUUUUUUUUGGAAAUGAAAGAGUGUAAUCUAUCUUGUAAUUUGCAGGUGAGCAUCAUUUUUCAUGAUUGUGAGUUUAGGAUUGUGACUUGUGAGCCAAUGAUCGUUCAAGUAUUUUUUUCACCGUUGGAUCAACUCAAC